GUCCGAUGAAGUAAGGAAGAGGUAAGUAAUCGGAGGAGAAGAUAAACAGAGGACGAGACCAAUGGAAGCAGCGACGGGGAAGAAGAAGAAGACGAAGAAGAAGAGGAAGGAUGUGGAGAGUAGGGUAAGGAAAGGGACAUGGAAAGCAGAGGAAGACCAAGUGCUGUUGAAGCACGUCGAGCAGUACGGACCUCGCGAGUGGAGCUCCAUUCGAUCCAAAGGCCUGUUGCAGCGCACCGGCAAGUCCUGCCGCCUCCGCUGGGUCAACAAGCUUCAACCCAACCUCAAAACGGGAUGCAAGUUUACAGAGGAGGAAGAGAGGGUGGUGAUCGAGUUGCAGGCCCGGUACGGCAACAAAUGGGCCAGGAUCGCGGCCCAUUUGACCGGCAGGACCGAUAACGACGUCAAGAAUUUCUGGAGCAGCCGCCAGAAGCGCCUCGCCAGGAUCCUCUGCACCACUUCAUGUUCUUCCUCCCCUGCCUCUGCCUCUGCCUAUGGGAAUCUAAUUUCCCUUCCAGAGCCGCCGAUGUUGAGAACGUCGGAGACGCCAGUCGAGACAGGGGAUCUGAUGACAGAGUCCAGUUCUUCGUUCCCGCCAAAAAUCGAGGAGGACUUCAUAGCGUUCUCGCCGGAGAUGCUGGCCGGACUGGGAGACGACCCUAAUUUCCUCUUCUUCGACGUAUUUGGAUCGGCGGCGGGAGAUCAUGGUGAUGGCGAUAUGAUUCCUGAUGAUCAUCAUCAGCUUGGGGAACAAAAGCUCUUGGAAAAAACCGGCAGCAAGCUUGGCGGCGGCGAGAAUGAAGAUGGAGACUUCCCUGCCGACGAUGACGAUGUGUUUGAUGAGCUUGACGAUCUUCCUAGCCAUUCUAAGUGGUGA